CUUCUCCAGACACACUCAUUCACCAGUGUGCCUUCGCUGUAUCAGGACCAUCCGCAGGGGUUUUGGACGGGUUUUGCGCUCUGCGAUGAAGCUGCUCUUUCUGACAGGACGUUUGACAGCAGGGAUAUGAUGGUUCUGGAAAAUACUCUGCAGAUAUUUGCUGGAAUUCUCAAUGUCAGUGUGUAGACAACCGCUCAAGUGAUUGCGCUGCUCGGAACUGGCACGUUUCUGUGAAAAGUUCGGACCGGUGGAGUGUAAAAAAAAAAAGUGCUUUUCUAUUCGGGACUGACACAUUUGAGCUUCUGAUUGCGAGUGGACUCCUGAGGAUCAGUGUGUGCGCUCUCUGGAGGGCCUGAGCGGCUCUUGUCCCGGUUCAGCAGCGCCGGUUCGGCGGGACGGGCUGGAGCCUGUCAGUGAGAGAGAGAGAGAGAGAGAGAGCGUUCAUAAAAGCAGUGCGUAAAAAUAACAUCAGCUGAGACGCGCGCUGACAUUUCAAACGACAGUUUGGGUGCCACCCGAGGGGAAAAAACGAGUAGGGUGCAGAGACUGUGCCAUCCCAUCUGAGAGCAAGCGUUGCCAUGGUGACCCACAGACAAAACGAGUAACGUAGCUGGAAACAGGAGUCAAACGUUGAUGAGGAUACCACUAUACACAGCUAGUUGGCAAGCCUCACCUGAACUGUCCGAGGGUGAUCACUAAAAAAACUCCCGUCCCAUGUCAUUCCGGUCCACGCGGCCGUCUAUUAAAAGGAUCUCGCUCGUGCUGUCGUUCGGACUAUUUAUGCACGGGUGUGUGAGGGCGCAGUGAGGGCCAACUCCACUCCAUAGACAGACAGAACACGAGUCAUGGGCAUCUCUCACGCGCUGCUGCUGCUCCUCCUGUGCGCGCACGGCACCGCGGCCCAGCAUUUCCUGCGCCUAAGGCCCUCGCCUAGCGAGCAUCUCCCCGUCCCGGACCUCAAGGAAGACCCCGACCCGGAGUACGACCCGCGCGAGCAGGAUCUCUUGGAGAGGACUCUGCGCAAAAAGCUGGGCAGCCAUUUCGACCCCAACUUCAUGUCCAUCCACCUGCCCGUCCAGCUGAACGCGAGCGCGCCGCCGGACGUGCCGGGACCGCGCGCGCCCAUGCCCGUCGAGCUCAAGAAGCUGGACCUGACGGAGACGCCUUACGGGAGGCGCGUCAAGGUGGGCAAGAAAGCGCGCCGGAAGUUCCUGCAGUGGCUGUGGACGCACACGCACUGUCCCGUGCUGUACGCCUGGAAGGACCUGGGCGUGCGCUUCUGGCCGCGCUUCAUCAAGGAGGGGAACUGCUUCAGCGAGCGCUCGUGCUCCUUCCCCGAGGGCAUGUUCUGCAAACCGGUCAAGUCCGUCACGAAAACCUUCCUCCGGUGGUACUGCCAGGGCUUCUCGCGGCAGAAAUACUGCACGUGGAUACCGGUGCAGUAUCCCAUAAUCUCCGAGUGCAAGUGCUCGUGCUGAGCGGUGCGUUAAUGUGUGUGCGUGUGUGCGCGUGUGCGCGUGAGUGUGUGAGUGUGUGAGUGUCCAUGGACUGGACGCGCACGGACUGGAAGAGUAUCUAUAAUAUGAAUUAUUGCACUGUUGACCCACGGACAGGGAUGUGGCGCCACAUAGCGAAUCUAUUUUUUUAUAUAUAGCUUUUUAAUUCAAAAUAUCAAACAUAUGUACAUAGUUAAGUGAAGAGAAGAAUGCAGCUAUUUUUUUGUUAUAAGAACAGGACCAUAAUCUCAUGAGGAGCACUUCGAGCUGGAAGAGCCCGUGGUUAUUUUUAUAGCAAUUAUGAAGAUGGAAAUGAAGUUCACUUUCCUCAUCCGAACUGUUGUACUGACUGAAAAGAAAAAAAAAAAAAAAAAAAAAAACUGAUACACUACAAUGAUGCCUAGAGGUUUUGUACAAAUAUUAAUAUCAAUAAUUAUGGUGAUGAUUGAAAUAUUUUUAAAAAAGACUGAGGGUAAAAAAUAUACACUUGCACUCAGCGUUUUUGGAAAUCAUAUAGUAUUUUAGUAAGAAAGCAAAUGUGUAUGUUUUAUUUAUUGUUUUAACGGUUGUGAGUAUAGAUAAAGAGAAUAGAAUAUACCAGAAAUUCUACUUGAAAAGUUCUAAAAAAAUAAAUUUAAGAAAAGUAAUAAUAAUAAUAAUAAUAAUAAUAAUAAACAUGUCAGUGU